UUAUUCUUUACGCAGAGAGGACGUUCAGAGCAGAGCAGGCUUUAUUUACAGCAGCUAAAACCGUUACUUUUACUUGGAUAGAUCUGAGUCUGGACACAUUUCGGAUAUGGUUUUCGACCUUUUGAGUGGAUCCAGGAUUUAUUCGGUACCCGUGUUUCCAGACUGUGGCCUUGCUUUUUCUCUCCCCAGUCCUCGGCUCGAGCUGCCGUCUUUUCCCUGCUUAAAGCCCUCCAUCAGACACAAUGUGGUACAGAAAUGACGCGGAAGAUGGAUACGAGUCCACUAAAACAGGCUCCUGCAGUGGCAGCUCUCCAGGAUGGGUCCUUGGUCAUGAAUCAGGCUGUCACAGAGACCCCCCCGGGCCAGGGAACGUUACUCUGAGCGGGCGCAGACACAGCACAGUAUCCGACAGCGGGGACACUGGCAUUGGCACCUACUGCUCCGACAGCAUGGAAGACGACUCCAGCUCUAGCACAACCCCCCUGUCAUUUCAGCCGCUGUCCCACAGUCACUUAGGUCUAGAGGAUGAUGGCGUCCCCACUGUGCUCGUCCUGCCGUCCCCCUCUUCUGCCUCCCCCUGCAGCACGAGCCGCUGGAGCAGGUCCUGCCAGCAGCACACACCGGGGAUGUCUCCACUGGGUGCACCGAGCUGCCUCGACAUGAAGGACCAGAGACCUAUCCGGAAGUGGUCCUCUCUCACCAAACUGUCUUCCAGCGCUGACAAGACCUCCACCAGGACUUCAGGUGACCCACAAAACCAAGAUUCACGAGGCUCCCUGGAUAGAGGUCUGCUGUACGGGUACAGAAAGGAGCCGCGGGCUUCAAACAUGGACCUUUAUCUUCCUUUAUCUUCCUCCCCGCUCAGUCGCACCUUGCUGCUGCGCUCACCAGGUGCAGCCCCUGGAUACCGCUACCUCCACAGCAGCAGGUCUACUGGUUUGGAAUCAGAGCGGUCCAUUUCUUCAGCUCUGUCCUCACCAGCCAAACACACCAGUCUGGACAUGAACUACAGUGCUUUACCAGAAACUAAACUGGCCCGGGGCGGAGGAGGGCUGUAUGGUCUCAGCUUACCCACACAGGGAGACACUCUGCUGGGUCCUCAGACCGACAGAAGCUCCCCAAUUCAGCCGGCAGUCCGCACACAGAUGUGGCUGACGGAGCAGAUGGAGUACAGGCCCAAAACAGAGCGCGGAGGCAAACCUGGAACGGAGGGUGGGGGUGGAGACAACCUGUCAUCAUGGCAGCAGGAACCAGGGCUGAACCAGGUGCUGAUGCAGAGCUCUCUCCCUGUGAAUGCUCUGGUGAAGGUGAAAGAGGGGCUGCUGAGACAGAGGGAGCUGGAGAUAGACAGACAGAAGCAACAGAUCCUUCAGCUCCAUGCUCGGAUCAGAGAGAACGAGCUCAGAGCGCAGCAGGUCCUGCACAGCCAGAGAGGAUGGUUUGACAACACCUACAUCCUGAACACUAAGGAGACAGCAAUGAGAGCGCCGUCUGACAGACUGUGCUGCGAUGAGGAGCUGGGCAGGAAGCUGGCUGUGGCCGAACUGGAGGUUCUUCAUUUGAAUGAGUUCUUCAAGCAAGUCACUCAGAAAUACACUGAGGACAUCAGGAAGCUGGAGGAGAAGGUUAAGACCAGGGAUCGUUACAUCAGCAGUCUGAAGAAGAAGUUUCAGAGAGAGAGCGAGCAGAACCAGGAGAAGCAGCAGCGCAUAGAGACCCUGGAGAGAUACCUGUCAGACCUGCCCACGCUGGACGAGGUGCAGGGACAGGCAAAACAGCAGGAGGAGGUGCAGCAGAAAGCCAAACAGUUGGAGCGAACCAUGAGUCGGAUGGGGAGCAGCCUGCAGGAGGGCUGUGCUCUGCUGGAGGAGAAGAACAUGAAGAUCGAGCUGCAGGGGAGGAGAGAGAAGGAGCUGAUCGCGUCUGUGCACAGUCUGCAGCAGAAGGUGAAGCAGUGUUUGGAUGACGGGGUCAGGUUACAUGUUCAGGAUCUGAAGUGGCUCGAGGUGGAAAACUCUGAACUUCUGGAGCAGCAGGAUCACAGCAGCAGGCUGAUCAAACACCAGAAAGAACAGAUCGAGAGACUGACAUCUAGACUGACGGCCACCAGCAGCAGACUGCAGGAGAAAAGAGGCAUGUCUCUUCCUCAGCAGACUCCUCCUCAUGAUCAAGACCACAGCCUGGACCCCCCAUCACAAGCCCCCCCACAGCAGCAGGUGGAAGAGGAAGAGGGCCCAUCAGAGCGUCCCGUUUCCAGCGUGGAGGCUCCUGAAGUGAGCCGUCUGCUGAAGGAGAUGUCUCUGUGUCUGCUGGAUCUGCAGGCGCUCUGCAGCAUCCUGAGCCAGAGAGCUCAGGGGAAGGAGCCCAACCUGAGCCUGCUGCUGGGCAUGAAAUCUCUAAGUGUGUCUGCCGAGGAGAGUGACAGCAGGCGGGUGGAGGAGGACGAGCUCCGCUUCAAGCUCCUGGAGGUCAACCAGCUGAGGAGGGACAUCGACGAGCUGAGGAGGAGCAUCUCCGACCGCUACGCACAGUGUAUCGGGGACAACCGUGUCUCCCAGUGACAACAAGCGACACCCAAAGAAAAACAGUGACACCCAGUGUUAUCCAGAGACAGCCAGAGACCUGGAGAAACACCUUCCAGAGAUCCAGAGAGACAACCAGGUAACACGGGGACAGAUAAAGAUCCUGAGAGACACUAAGAAACCAGUUACAUUCAGAGACAUCCAGAGACCCCCAAAGUAUCAAACACACCAAGAGACACCCAGAAACAUCCGGAGAUCCCAACAGUCAUCAAAUGAGAGCUACCCUAAGACACACAGCAACACCCAGGACCCUUGUUCUGGUUUGGCCUAGAGUCCUUAUACUUUUGAAAAAUAACCUCAUAGAGGAAAGUCUGAUCUUUACGCUCCAUAAUCCUGCAGAUGGUGGACUUCACGUGUGUAGUGUUCUUAAUUCAGGGAUUAAAGUCCUCUGGCCUUUCCAGAUAUUUGUCAACUGGAUGAUUUAUGUUAGUGAUCUAAAGGUCAUGUGAUGAGGUGAUGAAAAUGAGGAGUUUCAAGAGUUAUGAGAGUCAUUAUUCAAGGAAUUAAAAAACCUGAUUCUGAUCAGGAACCUGGUCUGUAAGAGUGAGGUAUGCCAGAACACAAAGCUAACCGAGCAGAGUCAGCUUAAGACCAGUGUACCUGGUUCAAGUAAACUUUGGUAGUGCAACCAUUACCAGGGCCCAGUUGUUCACAAUUUGAUCCUGGACCUGGUUUAUUCUGUAUUUUUGCUCUCCAGGAGUAGCCUGGCGUCAUCACCACCGCUCAUGGUUUAAGUUUCUUUGUAGAGAUCGCUAACCUACAGUUUCUCUCACCUGCUCCGCUCCUUCAUCAUAUUGAUGGACAGGAUCCAAGAUGAAGAUGUCUGUAGCCUGCUGAUUUAGCAUGCUAACUGAAACUAACGUUUUGGCCACAUUUUUUUGAUGCUAACAGAAGCUAACGGUUUUACCUCACCUUCCGGUCUAUGGUGUCAACAAGCAGAAGCUAAGUGUGUCUGAACUCUUUUCUGUGGAUUGAUUUGACAUGACGUGUGAUCAGUUUGUCUCUGGUGUUGCUCAUGUUAGAGAAAGUUAAUAACUGUUGUCAAGGGGUUUUGACCAAUCAGAAUCAAGCAUCUUACACAGCCGGAAGAUCAGUAAGAGAGCCGGGUGAUAACCACUUAAAUGUGUCAGAAUGAACAGAUCAAAGUCACAUCUGGUAGUUGAUGUGCAUUUUUAUUGACUGGAUUAAUUACAUACUGAACAGACAAGCCUGAAGGAGCAUGUUACCCAGAACUGUCUGAUAGGUUUACAAUAAUAACUCUAUAGUUUAAUCUAAUGAUACAAAAACAAGUGAAGCUUCAAUUUAAGCUAAAGAGCUUUUUGUAAUGCAUUAAUUUUAUUGUUACCCCUUUUCCACUGAGGCAGUUUCAGGGUCGGUUUGGAGCCGGUGCUCAAUUGAGAACCAGUUUGUUGUGUUUCGACUGCAAGAGAACUGGCUCCCGGCCAGGAAAACUGGUUCCAGAGCAGCACUAACUCUUUGCUGGUCUAGAACCGCUAACCGCUUGAAUCAUGGGCAAGGGGUGAGGUUGCGUGACCAAAAAGACAAACCAAACAAGUUUCUGCCAUUUUCCUGCAGCAAAAAAAAAUAACAAAGACGAAGCUAAUGGAUACCAAGGCUAAAAAAGUGGUCGGUCGAGGAAACAAGCUGCCUCCUUGCGGUUUGGUUCUGGCAGGAGAUCCAAAACAAACUGGAGGGAUCGACCAGGACAAAAUCCAAGGAAAGUUCGUGCUAGCCCUGCUGGGAAAAGCGGUCACGUAGAAGUGACGACAUGACGUGGCUCUUCCACGGGCUUGAGUGGGUGGAAAAACUAACUGGUGGGGAGUUGGAUAGCAAGUUGAACCAGCUCUGAACCAGCCCAGAACUAGAACCAGGGUUGCGUUGGUCGAAAAAGGGGUAACGUGUGGAUGCAUGUUUAAACCUGAGCUAACCUCCUGGCGUGACUCAUAGCUGCAGAAACACAAUCAUUUUUUAAAACUAAUCAUAACUCUUGUUAAUCUGUAUUUAUUCUGUGUUAUUAACCCCGGAUGAAGUCAACCACCGGACUCUUUAUGUUUAUACAGAGAGGAUAUUUCAGCAGCCAAAGAAGCUGGAUGAGGAGACUUUAACAGCACAUGCACUUUUAAACAAACUCUGUCUUCUGUGCAGGCAGGAUUUACCAAUAAAUAAACGUUAUAACAUUUACCCUGUCUGCAUGUUUUAACAUAUUUGUAACAUUUUAAUGCUCUAACUAACCCAUGACGAACUGAAGAAGGUGACUGUGUUAGAAGAUGGAACAAACCACUGACAGCUUUGUUCUCUCUGUAAGGAAUAUCUGUUUUAAUGAUGUGUUUGUUUUCUGUUUUAGCACUCUAAGCUAUACAAGCCAAAGAUAAGGGAUUAAAUACAUACACUACCAGUCAAAAGUUUGGACACACCUUCUCAUUCAAUGUUUUUUAUUUAUCUUAACUAUUUCCAACAUUGUAGAUUAAUACUGAAGACAUCAAAACUAUGAAAUAAUCUGGUUUUGCCAUAAUCUGGAUUACAACAGUAGUCAAAAAGGGCUAUCCAUUGUGUACUAACCCUACCUCUGAACAACACAACUGAUGGUCUCAAACACAUUAAGAAGGCAAGUCAUUCUACAAAUGAACUCUUGACAAGGCUCAUGUUCAUUAGAAACCAUUCCAGGAGACCACUUCAUGAAGCAGACUGAGAGAAUACCAAGAGUGUGCAAAGCUGUCAUGAAGGAAAAAGGGGGCUACUUUACAGAAUCUAAAAUAUAAAACAGAUUCUGCUUUGUUUAACACUUUUUUGUUCAUUCAAUAAUUCAAUAUAUGUUCUUUCAUAGUUUUGAUGUCUUUGGUAUUCAUCUACAGUGUUUACAAUAAUUAAAAUAAAUACAAACCCUAUACACACACACACACACACACACACACACACACACGCACACACAUGCACACACACACACACGCACACACACACACACACGCACACACACACACACACACACAUACACACACACACACACACACACACACACACACACACACACACACUAAAAGAGCCUCUGGUCAUGUGAUUUCAGAGAAACCCAACCAGCACAUAGAAAGUAAAAGUAAAGAAACAGGAUCUCUUUAAGGUCUAUCAGAGUCCAUUCUGGGGCCAGAGUCCAGGAGAGUGGACAGAGGCAGGAUUUACCAAUAAAUAAACGUUAUAACAUUUACCCUGUCUGCAUGUUUUAACAUAUUUGUAACAUUUUAAUGCUCUAAGUAACCCAUGACGAACUGAAGAAGGUGACUGUGUUAGAAACCCUUGACUGAGAAGGUGUUUCCAAACUUUUGACUGGUAGUGUAUGUGUCUGAUUGUUUUUAAAGAUACUAGAGUUAUAAAUAGGACUUAAAUCAAACGUUAAUGUGAAGUCCUCAGGUAUCGUAUAUUCACACACUUAUUUUGACAACAGUGGAUGUUGCAGCUGUUCUGUCUAUGCAGCAUGCAACAACUUACUACUUCAUGAUAACAUUGCCUCUUGCACUCUGAGCCUCUUUCUCAAACAUUGAAAUGAGAUGUUUGUUCUGCUGCGGAGAAUUCGUUUCAGAGUAAACGAAUGAUAUGUUCUGGCUUGUAAAUUCAAAAGGUGCCAGAUUCAGGAGAACCUCCUCAUAUUUUUUCUGCAAACAGGUUUAGUCAGAUGUAGAGAGAAAUGAGUUGUGGAUGUUUGAGCAGGAGGGUCAAAGUUUGAGGUGUGAUGUUUUAGUGCUGUAGUGUGUUGUGUGUACUUUUUAAGGUUGGCUGCAGUAUGACAUGUAGUAAUGCACAAAUGGGGAUUUGGUUGGUUUGGUUAGGGAUGGUCAAGUUGAGUAAAAUUGUCCGACAGUGAGGACUUCUUUUCUAGUCGGCAUUUUAUGGAGGAUGCAAUUUAAAGUUUGCCGUCCAUGUUUAGUCUUUCAUAGAUGCUCUCCUUUUAUUGAAAACGCAUAUUCAGUUUAAACGCAUUAAUAUGGGCACAUGCAUGUUAACUGGUUUAUUCUUUUAAAUAAGAGAACAAAAACUCAUUAUUUUUACUGUCUUGUUUUAAUGUCCCAUGUCUUAGGAACCUGUGGUUUAAAUGAAAUGAUGUUCCAAGUGUACAUUCGAUUUUUGUAAAUUGCUAAGAUGGCAAAUAAAGCUUAUUUUACUGAAAA